UUUUGUGGCUGUGGUACCUAAUGAACACCCUGUAGCCUGGGCAUCCGGAACAGUGGUCGGACACCAUUCAUCACCUUGCAGCAAACAUUGAUUAGAGCAAAAAUAUAAGUCUAGAUAGCUUUUAAACGAACAUGUAGAAUCGAAUCGAUGAAAUAAUAAGGGUAACCUUUCACAUACAGGUGAUAUUGAAGACAAGACAUACUGCACUACGUUUCUGAUCAUAUCAGCAGCCUUUCUGGGUUUGAUCUUGAAGUGGGCUUUUCUGUUUACAAAUGGAGAAUGGAGACUGGGGCCAUAGGAUGACUAACCCAGUGACCUUAAAUGUGGGGGGCCACCUGUACACCACCUCCCUAUCAACCCUGCAGCGGUACCCAGACUCCAUGCUGGGCGCCAUGUUCCGUGGGGAUUUUCCCACAACGCGGGACGCCCAGGGAAACUACUUCAUCGACCGCGAUGGGACGCUCUUCCGGUACGUGCUGAACUUCCUACGUACGUCCGAGCUCACACUCCCUGUGGACUUCACUGAAACUGACCUCCUGAGGAAGGAGGCAGAUUUCUACUUGAUCGAACCGUUGAUCCAUUGCCUCAAUGAACCCAAGCCGCUCUACCCUCUGGACAUCUUUGAGCAGGUGGUGGAGCUGUCCAGCACACGGAAACUAUCCAAGUAUUCAAACCCAGUGGCUGUCAUUAUCACACAGCUCACCAUAACAACCAAGGUGCAAGCCCUGCUGGAGGGCAUCUGCAAAAAUUUCACCAAGUGGAACAAACACAUGAUGGACACGAGAGACUUUCAGGUGUCCUUCACUUUUGGACCGUGUGACUACCACCAGGAAGUGACCCUCAGGGUUCACCUAAUGGACUACAUCAUGAAGCAGGGCUUCACCAUCCGGAACACUCGAGUGCAUCACAUGAGCGAGCGAGCCAAUGAGAAUACAGUGGAGCACCACUGGACAUUCUGCAGACCGGCUCGCAAAGUAGAAGACUGACUGUGCCACAGCUGUAGUCUAUGGAGUCACUUCCAUACUAUUUUCAUCAUCGUCGCUCUCAAACAUAUUAGCAACAUAUUAACAUUAUUAUGGUAUUGUUGAAAGAAAAAAAAGAAAAGCUGGUUGGUCUGCUUGUAAUGAGAUUUCAUUGCCAUGAUGAUACGAAAUCACUGUGUAUAAGACAAUAUCCUAUAAUAGGUUCAUCUUUCACAAUGGAAGAGAGAAGGUGCAAAUAAAAAGUGAUAGAUUCAUGCCCUAAUACUAUACACACUUUGAUCGUGAAAAUAAAAUGAUGCAUAAUAAUCAACAGUUCUUCUGUAAAUAUAUGGAUACAUCUGUCUUUUCUGAAUGUUAACAUUGUUGUCUGUUUAGGCAUAAAUUGCAUAUGGUUAUGAUAUCUGCAUGGUGCAAUUGAGAAUCCAGGCAUUAUUGUAUGUUCAAUAUGAAGUAUUAUAUUUCAACAUACUAAAGCUCAUGUCAUCAGUGAUGUAGUUGGUCUUAGCUGGGGGAUAUGGAUGGACAAAAAGACAUAUCACAAUAAAUUGCCUGAAUUGAUGCAAUAAUGAUAAAUAGCAGGAUAAGUUUAUAACCAUGUGCACCACCAUUUAAAAAUAUAUCCUUUAAACUACUACUACUACUAGUUUAAUGGUUGAACCAUCAAUUGUCCCAUUAACAAUCACCCAUAUUAGCAAACUUAUUAAAUUUCAAUCGUCACAUUUCUCUAGUAUAGGCCACUUAUUUGAUCAAAUUUGAUUUCUUGUAAUGAACGGUAUCAGUAAAAUGCUUGCGAUAA